CAAGGGCGGGGCACCCAUCCUGCUCGUCAGGCCAGAUGCUGGCAGGAGGGCGGGGUGAGAAGGGGCGGAGCUUCUAGAACAAAGAAGAAUGGGGAGCCCUGGGGGCCCGGACUAGGCAUCAAAAAGGCUCUGCAGAGCCAGCAGGUCACAGCAGCACCUGCCUCUGGCCCCAGCAGUCAGUCAGACACCUGUGGCCGGUUCCCCGCUGCUUGCCCAAGGCCGGGCAAGUAAGGAACAUCCUGCUUCGAGACAGCUUGUUCUCCAGCGUGAUUGCGCCGACACUGCUCUGGGGUCUUUUCUACUUGGCGUGGGUUGCUGCUGAAGUUCCAGAGGAGAGCAGAGGGAUGGCUGGGAGCGGAGCCAGGAGCCAGGAAGGCCGCCGGCAGCAUGCCUUCGUCCCGGAGCCUUUCGAUGGAGCAAAUGUGGCCCCAAGCCUCUGGCUGCACCGCUUUGAGGUCAUCAACGACCUCAACCAUUGGGACCAUGUCACCAAACUAAGGUUCCUGAAAGAGUCCCUCAGGGGAGAUGCUCUGGAGGUCUACAGUGGGCUCAGUUCCCAGGACCAGGGAGACUACGGGACUGUGAAGGAGACCCUCCUGAAGGCCUUUGGGGUCCCUGGGGCCACCCCCAGCCACCUGCCCAAAGAGAUCGUCUUUGCCAACAGCAUGGGUAAGGGCUACUACCUCAAGGGGAAGAUUGGCAAAGUGCCCGUGAGGUUCCUGGUGGACUCCGGGGCCCAAGUCUCCGUGGUGCACCCAAGCUUGUGGGAGGAGGUCACUGAUGGCGAUCUGGACACCCUGAGGCCCUUUGAGAAUGUGGUGAAGGUGGCCAAUGGCGCUGAAAUGAAGAUCCUGGGCGUCUGGGAUACAUCAGUGUCCCUGGGCAAGCUGAAGCUGAAGGCGCAGUUCCUAGUGGCCAAUGCCAGUGCUGAGGAGGCCAUCAUUGGCACGGACGUGCUCCAGGACCACAACGCUGUCCUGGACUUCGAGCACCGCACAUGCACCCUGAAAGGGAAGAAGUUCCGCCUUCUGCCAGUGGGAGGGUCCCUGGAAGAUGAGUUUGACCUGGAGCUCAUAGAGGAGGAGCCCUCCUCAGAGGAGGGGCGGGAGCAGCUCUCCCACUGAGAAGCCCGCUUUUCUUCACCCCCUAAUAUUGGUGGAAAGACCCCCCAUUGUGGGGGAUGCACGCCCCCAGGGGAGUCCCUGGGCAUGGCCAACCCUCUAAUCAACUCUUGCCCUUCCCUCCCCCUCCCUCUGCAGGAGCCUUCAUCUGCCCCUGGGGGGAGGCUUCCACCAGCACAGGUGAGGGAGAGCAGGCUGGCUUGGAGGGACAGGGUCCCCAUGGUUGUUGUGCUGCUGUUGAUGGCAAAGUCUGGAGGGCUGGAAGAGCUUCCAAGGAGGCUAGAAAUGUUUGUCUUUGAGAGGACUGGACCGCUGCAGAUCGCCUGUGGUGUGGCUUGGUCACCUUCAGGUCCUCAAAGCCUGUCUCAGCUGGGCUGGGUCC